UGGGAGCUGCUAUAGCUUUUACAUCCCCCCGAUAUGUUUUGGGUUUUUUUCUUUUUUCUCUCUCUUUUUUUUUUUUUUUUCCAGACCACCAACUUCUCCUUUAAGUGGUAAGCUAAUGAGAUUUAAGCCAGCGUGAAGUUUGCACACCCCCAUAUGAAUGAAUUACGAGUUUCAAUUCUGAAAAUACGUUUACUAUUUUCACGCGGGUGGGUAACUCCACUGAUAUUUAUUAAGGCCGCUCAGCGUGCGUUUAUGUCCGAAGCUGCACAGGCGAGUGUUCACAGGAUCACAGCCGAGGAAAACAACCUUAUUCCUUCACCUUAUUCUUCAAGGUCCUUAAAAGCCUGAAAAGUUUUUACUUCCAUUAAAGUAACAUCAAAGAUGAAAGUUGUUAUGAAGCAGAUACUGACUUUGGUUAAAUGCCCGCAUAUUUGUUUACAUUUCACGGUGUGCUUAUGAGGGUCUAACGGAAAAAAAAACCUGCUGUAUGCAUACAGUAAGGCACUGGUUUGUAUAAAGGCAAAAUACACUUUUACUGCAGUUCCUUCUUGAAUCCUCAAAAGCACGGCUGCCUUACGAUACUAUGACUCUUUUUUUUUUCCUCUUUUUACCUUGCUACUCACUAGAUAACCAGAACAGCAAGUCUACCAGCCUGUGGCUACGGAUACAGUUACUAUAGUAACAUUUAUAAACACUAAUUUCACUACACAUGCAGAACUACUGCCUGCUACUGCAGAGGAGCAGCUUGGAAAGAAAUCACUCUAACUGCAAAUAGUAGGAAUUACACUCCACUACCAUGUCUGGAAAGUGAUGAAAAAAGACAGAAAAGCUGAUGAGGAACUGCUUCAUGUUUCCAGUUCUAACAGCGUGAAGGCACAGGGCUACGCAUUGAAUCACAAGGAGGAAACAACUGAGACCUCAUUAGAAUGACAUGGGAAGAAAUGUCACAAGACGGAACAAACCCACCUGAUUUUGAACAUUCCAGAGAUGAGGAAGAUGAGCUGGAGGCGGCCACAAUUGCACCUGAGAACCGUGACUCCAAGCACAUUUCAAUUUUUUGCUCCGCGUGUCAACAAACAAUACAUCCACACCGCCUUCUUUAUCAUAAAAAAACCCACAAAGCCCUAAUUUUGCUGGGCUUUGAUAGCCCACAAAUAAAGACUGACAACAAAACACUUUUAGCUCAGAGACAGAAGCUAAUUUCCAAAUUGACCAAGAUUCCCAAGCAUUCUGAGGCAUGCAGGCAGAAGAUUGAUUAUUCAUUUGAAUUCCUUAUGGAUAACAACGCCCCUACACCAUAUUGUGAUCUUGCUGACACUAACAAUCCUAGUACUUUUAAGAAAGUAAAUAAUUCUUUAAUAAAAGCAUUGUCAAUUUGCCAAGAUAAAAACUCCGCGUGGCAGGCAGACAUGGAAGACAGAUUUAUUGUGCUCGACCGCUAUGGAAGUAGGUCAGACGCGUGUUUUCUGGGGUUAGUUGAUGGCUCUCACGGUGCGACAGCUGCAGAAACAGUUGCAGCAGAGCUUCCCCUUCUAUUUCUUGACCAGCUUGCUCAAACAGAUCCCUCCUACAAGAAGAGUAAGGACGAACAGCAAGUUCUAGAUUCUUUUGCCACAGUCAUCAGGGCAGAUUACAGGGAAAAAGAGCAGCUUUUCUCUGGUAAACCAGGCAAUGAGAAGACCGACAAGACCAAUACUUACGAAUGGAUUCACAAAGCAUACGCAAAGUCCUUUUGGAGAAUGGAUAGACUUCUACGACUAGGAAGGAAUGAGGUUUCCAAAGUUCGCUGGAGUGGCUGUUCAGCCGUUACCUGUUUGGUGGAAAGAAUCCCCAGUGAAGAGACAAAUGGCACCGAGGAAGAAGGAAAAAAACAUUCUGAAGCCGCCACACGCAGCCCAUUAACCAGCACGGCCAGAGGUGCUGCUGGGGUACUGCACGUUGCUAACGUAGGUAAUGCACAUGCAGUCUUAUGUAAAAAUGGAAAGAGUCACUGCCUCUCGAAAGAGCACAGCACUUCUAAUGCAAGCGAGAGAAAACGCAUACUUCAGAAUGGUGGAAACAUCAGCGCUAAUGAACCAGAUGGAUUAGUGGAGGGGUACCUGAGAACUACAAGGGGUCUUGGACAUCACGGAGAUCCGGUACUGAAGAGAUCUGUGAUACCUGUACCUCACACCAUAUCUGUCCCUAUUGAUGAUACUUGUCAGUUUCUUAUUUUAGCUUCUAAUGGGCUUUGGGAGGUUUUGGAUUACAAUGAAGUACUUGCAUUAACUCUAAAAACAUUCACUCAUUAUUUGAAGAGAUAUGAAUGCGUUCAACAAAACAGAACUUCUCCAUAUAAGUGUCAGCAUUUGAUGCCCCUCACUGAAGACAACUUAAAUGACUCAAAGGCUAUUGAAGAUCUGCAAGAUGGAAUAGAGAGGCUGUAUUCCAAUAAGCCAAAAUGUUCUCGGAGGAAACAUUUGCAAAGUGAAGAGGGAGUUCCUAAGGAAAGUGAUGACCACAAAAAUCAAGCUGACCCAGAACCAUCUCUUUUCAGUAAUGAUGAAGUAAGUUCACAGAACAGAGAGAGAAAGCAGUCUGAUUCUAGCACACAAGGUGGCUCUGAAGAGCUGAAACAGUUUGAGGACAGAAAUCUUUAUCCGUGUAACAGUUUUCAGCCACAGACUGCAGUGCAAGAAGAAACAGACAGUGACGUGUCCUGCACGACAGGUCCAAGCUGCACCCAUAAACAGCCGCAAAAGAAUGUACUGGCAACAGGGUCUGAAGACACGGAACAGCCCCCAAAAGACAUAAAAGCAUGCCUAUCUAAUUAUGGCUCAGGUCCACCAGUGGCAGAAAAAAUGGAUUCCGAGAUAUUUCGUGACCAACUUGCAAGUUAUGCUGCGCAAGAACUGCUAAAGACUGUAUCACCAGUGGGUUCUAAACCACCAUCGCAGUUUGAAGAGGACACAAAAACAUACUCGUCCCGUUGCAAACCACAAUCUGCAGGAAGAGGCAGAGUCACCUCUGAGACACUCUACGACAACGCAGCAAGCUACAUUAGUGAACAACUGGUAAAGACUGCAUUAGCUGCUGGUUCAAGAGAUAAUAUUACUAUUUUGAUUGUACUUCUAAAUGGAUGCGAUAAGAUACCCAAUUACCUCAACACCUAAAAAUUCAUCACAGGAUUACUGGGGUGCCACAGUACAUAUAGUACAAGCUUAUAUUUAGCCAUGUCAUGAAUUUACUUGUAAUCAUCUCAAAUGCUGACCCAUAUAGUAAAUCAGACAUCUUGUCUGGAACUGUGCAAAUGCAAUAAGACCUUCUGAAACUCUCAAUAAUAAACAGUAAUCAAAAAUAUCUUUUUUUUUUUUAAACCACUU